AUGCAAUUUAAUAAAUCCAAGGGGGAAUUAUCUCGUGGGCUCAAUGAAUGUGACCCUCCUUCCCGUUCGUGUGACGAGGGGGUCCUAGUGGGUGCGACACACGGUAAUGUCGAGCUAGGCCUGUACCCUCCUCCCCGGCCGUGUGACGAGGGGGACCUAGUGGGUGUGACACACGGUAAUGCCGAGCUAGGCCUGUACCCUCCUCCCCGGCCGUGUGACGAGGGGGGCCUAGUGGGUGUGACACACGGUAAUGCCGAGCUAGGCCUGUACCCUCCUCCCCGGCCGUGUGACGAGGGGGUCCUAGUGGGUGUGACACACGGUAAUGCCGAGCUAGGCCUGUACCCUCCUCCCCGGCCGUGUGACGAGGGGGACCUAGUGGGUGUGACACACGGUAAUGUCGAGCUAGGCCUGUACCCUCCUCCCCGGCCGUGUGACGAGGGGGACCUAGUGGGUGUGACACACGGUUAUGCCGAGCUAGACCUGUACCCUCCUCCCCGGCCGUGUGACGAGGGGGUCCUAGUGGGUAUGACACACGGUAAUGCCGAGCUAGACCUGUACCCUCCUCCCCGGCCGUGUGACGAGGGGGACCUAGCUGGUGUGACACACGGUAAUGCCAAGCUAGGCCUGUACCCUCCUCCCCGGCCGUGUGACGAGGGGGAGGGGAACCUAGUGGGCGAGACACACGGCAAUGCCGAGCUAGGCCUGUACCCUCCUCCCCGGCCGUGUGACGAGGGGGCCUAG